AUGUUCCUCAGAAUACAAGAGACAAUUAGAGAACCAACAAGAGAAGCAAAUUCUGAUAAUGAAGUGAAUACAGCAAAUGCCAUUUUUCUUAAGUUUCUGCAGAGAAAGAAGAACAUGCCUAAGGAAAAAGUCAAUGUAACUAUCAUAACAGAAUUCUUUCUCAUGGGAUUCCCUGAUGACUGGAUGUUACAGAGACUGUAUGCAACCUUCUUCAUCCUCAUCUACCUAACAGCACUGAUGGGGAACAUGCUCAUUGUCAUCCUUACCCUUAUUGACCAGCACCUCCAAACCCCUAUGUAUUUCUUCCUGAAGAAUUUGUCCUUAAUUGACACGUCCUUUAUCUCUGUCACUGUCCUCAAAUCCAUCACAAACUCUCUGACCAACAGCCAUUUCAUCUCUUUCCUAGGAUGUGUCUCACAGGUUUUUCUUGUUAUGUUUUUUGCUGGCACAGAGUUUGCCCUCCUUAUAGUCAUGUCCUAUGACCGCUUUACUGCCAUCUGCAACCCUCUGCACUAUGAGACCAUUAUGAAUAGAGGUGCCUGUGUGCAGAUGGUGACUACAUCUUGGCUCAGUGGAUGUGUCUAUGGAUGCAUUCAUGUAGCAGGUACAUUCUCUGUCAAUUUCUGUGGGUCUAACUAUCAGUUCUUCUGUGAUAUUCCUUCAUUACUUACACUUGCUUGUUCUGGGGAGCAAAUUCUAGAAUAUGCACUUAUCAUUGCUACCUGUUGUUUUGCUCUUGUGUUGUUUCUUUUAGUGGUUGUCUCCUAUGUUCACAUUUUCUCAGCUGUCUUAAAGAUUUCAUCUGCUCAAGACAGGUUUAAAACUUUGUCUACCUGCAUGCCCCACCUCACUGUGGUGACCUUGUUUCUCUCCUCUGGAGCCAUUGCAUACUUAAGUUCAGCCUUCAAAUAUCCAACAUCAAUGAACUUCAUCAUGUCUGUGUUAUACACCCUAUUACCACCUACUCUGAAUCCUAUCAUUUACAGUCUGAGAAACAAGGACAUGAAGGUGGCCCUUGGCAAAAUGUUUUUUGGAAAAAUGUCCUCAAAGAUGUAA